CUAAACCUGAUCUUUUGUCAACUGAUCAAAAUCCCAAAAAUGACAAAACCACUAAUUAUAAUCAAUACCAUAUAACUGAUCAAAAAUAUAUACCUACCCAAAAGCCAAAAUCCUAUCAAAAGUCUACGCUUCCUCCUCCUAAGCAAUCUCAUCAAAAGCCUUUAACUUUUACCAAGACCAAUUCUGAACAAAGGCCCACACCUGACGAAGACACUAUUACUGUCCAAGGGCCUGAAACCAAUGAAGACUCAAUAGUUAAUCCAAAGUUAAAACCUAAACAGGAGCCUGUACAUCCUCUUGAAACCCAUAAAAACUACCAAAUAGUAAAAUCUGAUAAAAAGACAAAACAUGACCAAGAACCUAUUAUUGAAUCAAUGACAAAUUCUGAUCGAGAUUCUUUACCUGAUAAACAGCCUACAUCUGUCCAAGGCUCAACACCUGAUCAAAAGCAACAACCCCAUCAUGCUCCUAUGCCCCCCUAUCAAAGGCCUAAACCCAAACAGAAAAUUGCUGUAAUAAACCAAAGGCCCCAUCCUGACCAAAAGUCUAUAAUUAAACCAGGACCAAAACCUGACCAAGAGCAUGUUACUGAAUCAAUGGCAAAUUCUGAUCGAGAUUCUUUACCUGAUAAACAGCCUACAUCUGUCCAAGACUCAACACCUGAUCAAAAGCAACAACCCCAUCAUGUUCCUAAGCCCCCCUAUCAAAGGCCUAAACCCAAACAGAAAAUGGCCGUAACAAACCAAAGGCCCCAUCCUGACCAAAAGUCUAUAAUUAAACCAGGAUCAAAAGCUGACCAAGAGCCUGUUACUGAAUUAGAACUGAACCAAAAGUCCAUAACUGACCAUGGACCAGGCCUUGAAAAAAGUCCAAAAUUGAAUCUUGGGCCAAAACAUGACCAAGAACCUGUUACUGAAGCAGGGGCAAAUAUUGAUCAAGAGCCUUUACCUGAUGAACAGUCUACAUCUGUCCAAGGCUCAACACCUGGUCAAAAACUGCAACCCCAUUAUGCUCCUAUGACGCCUUAUCAAAGGCCUCAAACUGACCAGAAAAUUGCUAUCACAAGCAAAAAGCCUCAACCUGACCACAAGUCUAUGAUUAAACCAGGACCAAAACCUGACCAAGAGCAUGUUACUGAAUUAAUGACAAAUUCUGAUCAAGAUUCUUUACCUGAUCAACAGCCUACAUCUGUCCGACACCCAACACCUGGUCAAAAGCAACAACCCGAUCAUGCUCCUAUGCCCCCCUAUCAAAGGCCUAAACCCAAACAGAAAAUUGCUGUAACAAACCAAAGGCCUCGUCCUGACCAAAAGUCUAUAAUUAAACCAGGACCAAAACCUGACCAAGAGCCUGUAAUUGAAUUAGAACUGAACCAAAAGUCCAUAACUGACCAUGGACCAGGCAUUGAAAAAAGUCCAAUAUUGAAUCUUGGGCCAAAACAUGACCUAGAGCCUGUUACUGAAUCAGAGGCAAAUAUUGAUCAAGAUCGUUUACCUGAUAAACAGUCUACAUCUGUCCGACACCCAACACCUGGUCAAAAGCUACAACCUCAUCAUGCUCCUAUGACACCUUAUCAAAAGCCUAAACCCAAACAGAAAAUUGCCGUAACAAACCAAAGGCCCCAUCCUGACCAAAAGUCUAUAAUUAAACCAGGACCAGAACCUGACCAAGAGCCUGCUACUGAAUUAGAACUGAACCAAAAGUCCAUAACUGACCAUGGACCAGGCCUUGAAAAAAGUCCAAUAUUGGAUCUUGGGCCAAAACAUGACCAAGAACCUGUUACUGAAUCAGAGGCAAAUACUGAUCGAGAUCCUUUACCUGAUGAACAACUCACAUCUGUCCAACACCCAACACCUGGUCAAAAGCUACAACCCCAUCAUGCUCCUAUAACACCUUAUCAAAAGCCUAAACCCAAACAGAAAAUUGCCGUAACAAACCAAAGGCCCCAUCCUGACCAAAAGUCUAUAAUUAAACCAGGACCAGAGCCUGACCAAGAACCUGUUACUGAAUUAGAACUGAACCAAAAGUCCAUAACUGACCAUGGACCAGGCCUUGAAAAAAGUCCAAUACUGAAUCUUGGGCCAAAACAUGACCAAGAACCUGUUACUGAAUCAGAGGCAAAUAUUGAUCGAGAUCCUUUACCUGAUGAACAGCUCACAUCUGUCCAACACCCAACACCUGGCCAAAAACUGCAACCCCAUCAUGCUCCUAUGACACCUUAUCAGAGGCCUAAGCCCAACCAGAAAACUACUAAAACAAACCAAAGGCCCCAUCCUGACAAAAAAUUGACAAUUAAACCAGGACCAAAACCUGACCAAGAGCAUGUUACUGAAUUAAUUACAAAUUCUGAUCGAGGUUCUUUACCUGAUAAACAGCCUACAUCUCUCCGAGAUCCAACACCUGGUCAAAAGCAGCAACCUGAUCAUGCUCCUAUGCCCCCCUAUCAAAGGCCUAAACCCAAACAGAAAAUUGCUGUAACAAACCAAAGGCCCCGUCCUGACCAAAAGUCUAUAAUUAAACCAGGAUCAAAAGCUGACCAAGAGCCUGUUACUGAAUUAGAACUGAACCAAAAGUCCAUAACUGACCAUGGACCAGGCCUUGAAAAAAGUCCAAAAUUGAAUCUUGGGCCAAAACAUGACCAAGAACCUGUUACUGAAGCAGGGGUAAAUAUUGAUCGAGAGCCUUUACCUGAUGAUCAGCUUACGUCUGUCCAAGACCCAACACCUGGUCAAAAGCUACAACCGCAUCAUGCUCCUAUGAUGCCUUAUCAAAGGCCUCAACCUGACCAGAAAAUUGCUAUCACAAGCAAAAAGCCCCAUCCUGACCAAAAGUCUAUGAUUAAACCAGGACCAAAACCUGACCAAGAGCAUGUUACUGAAUUAAUGACAAAUUCUGAUCAAGAUUCUUUACCUGAUCAACAGUCUACAUCUGUCCGAGACCCAACACCUGGU